AGGAACAUGAAACGUCGGUGACGCUGGUUUCUGUGUUGACGCCUUUUAUUGUUCCACUCUUUCGCUGACUCGGGACUCAAAGUCACGCUGCAGCUUCUGACAGCAGCCUCGGGAGCGUCUUCUGCACCUUUACGGUAUGGCUGUGUUCGAGCACUGCUUUGUGCUCUUGGAGCUGAAGAAUUUGCCCUUCAAGGAGAAGAAGAAGCUGAAAUCGGCCGUAACGGAGAACGGAGGCAAAGUCUCCUACGUGGUCAACAAACAGUGCUCUCUGAUCGUGACCGGCGACGUGUCCGACCUGAGCUCCAACCGGCUGCGCGGCAUCCAGAAGCACCGCACGCCGGUGGUCGGGCUGGACUACGUGUACAGCUGUGUGGAGAGAGGCCUCCUCCUGCCCGUGGACGACUACAGGCUGGACGCCGCCUCGGCCUCCUCGCCUCCUCUUCCUCCUCUUCCUCCCUCCUCGGCGACACAAGUGCCGCUCGCGCGUCAAGAGUUCAAAGAAGCGGCCGCCGAGCCGCCCAGAGACCCGGUGAAGCCCGUGGACGCCGUCGGCCUGAAGGCGAAGGGCGGAGAGGUCGUGGGGGGGUUCAGAAUUUACACUGAAUCCGAUUCCGAUCUCCCGACGUACCCGCAGAACUUCCAGGUGGCGAAGUAUUCGAUCUUCGAAAAGGCGAACAGCGCCACCUGGUGUGUGCUGGAGCUGCAGAGCUGCAGAGGGGAGACGGGACGGAGGUACCGCGUGGCCCAGUACUGGAGGGACGACGCAUCCACCAAGAGGGCGGCGGCGGCGGCGAGGGACACGCUGGUGUUCCUGUCCACCUCGGAGGAAGCUGUGCAGGUCUACGGGGCCCAGAGAGAGACCCUGCUGGCCAGCGGUCUGCAGCUGACCAACACCCCUCAGCAGGCCCCCCCCCACCUGGGCUCUGCCCCCCUCCAGCAGCUGCUGCUGGAGGAGAAGCUGAACACGGCGAGCCUAUCGCGGGAAGUGGGCGUGUUCGUGGAGCUGCUGUGGACCGAGGCCCUGGGUCGCCUAGGCAACGUCCUCCGAGUGCCGAUCCACAAGCUCAGCCUCAGCGAUGUGAGCAGGGUGGAGGGCCUGUUGCUUCAGGCCCAGAGGAAGCUGAGGGAGGCGGACCCCUCCGAGGUCCCGUGUAUCCCCGACGAGGUCUACAUCCUGCUGCCGCACACGACGCCCCUCCAGAACCCGUCCACCGCCCAGCUCAUCUCACAGAAGCUGGACCUCUGUCAGUUGAUCCGAGACGUCCUGAACGUGAGCGAGUCGACCCUGAGGAGCGCCGCGCCGUCGUCCCUGGGGAAGUACCGCGCUCUGCGGUGCGGCAUCGAGACCGUUCCCCCCGACGCCCCCGAGUUCCAGGCGGUGACCGCCCUGCUGCAGGACCGGAGGGUGCAGGUCCGACAGGUUCUGCGCGUCAGCAGAGGGGCGGAGCUUCAGACGUUCAGGAGCGAGGUCGGGAACGUUAAGCCCCUCCUACAUUCCUCCAGCCCCAGCAACUUUGUGGGAGUCCUGUCUCGUGGUCUGCUGCUGCCCCGUGUUGGAGUGGAGCAUUAUGGGAUAGAGAGGACAGACGUUGGUCAUCUGGGCUCUGGGAUCUACUUCAGCGACGCCGUUAGCACCAGUCUGAAAUACUCCACGCCCAGCAAGACGGACGGCUCUCGGCUGCUGUUGGUGUGCGACGUGGCGUUGGGGCGCUGCAGGGACGUGCGCAAGAGAGACGCCGCGCUCACCCAGGCGCCCGAGGGGCACCACAGUGUGCACGGGGUCCGCCGCACCCCCAGCGCUCGCUCUGAGUUCGAGGAUGACGAGUACGUGGUGUACAGUACCGACCAGGUGAGACUGAAGUAUGUGGUUCAGUUCAGCAUCAGAGGGGAACAGCUGAAGGAGUUCAGGCCGGCCAUCGACACCUCAGCGGAGGCUCCGCCCCCUUCUGACCAAGGUGAGUCAACGCAGGAGGAAGACGAGGUUGAAAGCAUUAAAAACCCGCUGGCGGACGUGAAGGCCGGCCUGAUGGACAGCUCGGGGCAACAGCUCCCCCUGCAGGCCGUGCACGUGAAGUGCAAGCUGCUGGACCUGCUUUCUCAGGUCAUCGUCUUCCAAACGUACACCAACCGGAGCCCCGAGCCCAUCGAGGCCAAGUACGUCUUCCCGUUGGACGAUUCUGCAGCGGUUUGCGGGUUUGAAGCGUUCAUCGAUGGGAAACAUGUGGUGGGACAGGUGAAGGAGAAGGAGGCGGCUCGCAAGGAGUACAAGCAGGCUGUGGAGAAGGGCCACGGCGCCUACCUGCUGGACCAGGACGCCCCCGACGUGUUCACCAUCAGCGUGGGCAACCUGCCGCCCGGCGCCACCGUCCUCAUCAAGGUGAGCUUCGUGUCCGAGCUGAUCGUCAAGGACGGGAGCGUCGUCUUCUCGCUGCCCGGCAGCGUGGCGCCGUGGCAACAGAGCGCCGCCAUCAACCAGACCACGCAGGUCUCCGUGCAGAAGGUGUGUGUGACGGACGGGCCGAGAGAGUUCAGCCUGGACGUGUCGGUGGAGAUGCCCAAUAAGAUCACCGGCCUGCAGUGCGUCACCCACAAGGUCAAGAUUAAGAGGACGGACUGUAAGGCGGUGGUGAGUGUGCUGCCAGGAGAGGUCAUGGGUCAAGACGGGUUCGAGCUGUCAAUCACUCUGGCUGAGGUCCACCUGCCCAGGAUGUGGGUGGAGGAACACCCCGACAAGGACAGCCAGGCCAGCAUGUUGGUGUUCUACCCAGACUUUGAAGUGGACUCCGGUCCGGCCUCCGAUGAGGUGGUCCUGCUGGUGGACUCGUCCGAGUCCAUGAGGGGCGAGCCGCUCCGCGCUGCCCGGAGGAUCGCCCGGCGGGUCCUCGGGACCCUCGACCAGCACCUGCGGCUCAACGUCGUCUUCUUCGGCACGAAUCACACGGAGGCGUUCUUGGCGGCGCGGCCGCUCGCCGAAGCUCGGCCGGCGGCCGAGAGCUUCAUCAAGCUCUCCUCUCCAGUAGGGGGCAGCACUGAGCUGUGGCGCCCCCUGCGGGCCCUCAGCCUGCUGCCUCCGUCCCGCGGCGUCAGGAACCUGCUGCUGCUGUCGGACGGCCACCUGCAGAACGCAGAGCUCGCCCUGCGGCUGCUGCGAGACGACGCUGGGCACAGCCGCCUCUUCACCUGCGGCCUCAGCCCGACAGCCAAUCGGCACAUGCUGAGAGCCUUGGCCCAGGCAGGGGGCGGAGCCUUUGAAUACUUCGACACAAAAACCAAACACAACUGGGCAGACAAGGUGGCGCGCCAGCUGAAGCGCAUGGCGUCUCCCGGCUGCAGCUCGGUGUCGGUGAAGUGGCAGCAGUUCAACCCAGCGGCGCCCCCUCCUGUUCAAGCCCCCAAGCUGCUGCACGCUCUGUUCAACGACUGCCACACUCUGGUUUACGGCUUCGUGCCGCACUGCACCCAGGCCACCCUGCUCGGAAAUCUGAGCGGUCAGGAGAUCAAAACCAUGGUGUCGACCAGUGAGCUGCAGAAGACCAAGGGCACGUUUCUUCACAAGCUCACGGCGAGGGCCCUCAUCAGGGACUACGAAGACGGGAGCCUGGACAGCGACGAAGCCGAACACGAGGGGAAGAAGGCGGAGCUGAAGCGCUUCAUCGUGCAGCUGAGCACCGAGUUCUCCAUCCUGUCGCAGUUCACCAGCUUCGUGGCCAUCGAGGAACGGGACUCGGGGCGAGUCGAGGUGGGCUUCACGGACAUCCCCGAGUUGAUCUCGCAGGAAGACGUGGACUUCCUCCCCUACAUCGGCUGGAGUUCUCCUCGGGAUGCUGAGGGGGUGGAGGAACCUAUGGAUAUGGAUGUGGACCUGGACUAUUGGAUGGGAGAUGAGGAGGAAGAAUGUGGUGCGGCAAUGUCACACGAGUUUGAUGAGGUUGAUGAUGAUGAUGAUAAUGAGGAUGAAGAACGUGCUGAGGGAGAUGAGGAUGAGGAGGAUGAAGAAUGUGCUGUGGUAAGGUCACACGAGGUUGAUGAGGAGGAUGAGGAUGAUGAGGAUGAAGAAUGUGCUGAGGAUGAUGAUGAUGAUGAUGAUGAUGAUGAUGAUGAUGAUGAAUGGGCUGAGGUAACGUCACAAGAUGAGAGUGAAGGAUGUGCUGAGGAGGACAAACAACCCGUCUUUCCACAUUAUGAACACAUGAGUUGUUUUCUGGAAAUGGACACGCUUCCCCAUGUGGUUGCUCCGCCUCCUCCUCCUCCUCCUCCUCCAUUCCCAGUGUUACCAGGGCAACCCCAACCUUCAGGCCUCUCCUUCCAUCCUCCUUCUCCUCCUUUUUUGCCACUCAAACAGAACCUUCUUUCAAUCUCAGGACAGACGCCUGUCAAUCAAAGAGGUCCAGCAGGAGCUGCCGCUCUCCACGACUUCAUGGGAGGAGUCGGAGAACCCAAAGGCUCCCCUUUCGGCUCUCAACAACAACAACAACAACAACAACAACACCAACUAAAACAACAACCACAACAACGAGCCUUUCCGCUCCGAGCCGGCGGUUCCGGUGUCUCCCGAGAAGGUUCCCUCCUCAGAAGGUCUCGAGGUGCUUCAAGACGGAGCGGUCGACCCGCCGAAGGUCCGUCUGCCCGCUUCACGAUGGAGGAACCUUUGUCUCUGCGCCGCCCUCCAGUGCACGUGGAGGCGGAGCCUCCAGUGCACGUGGAGGCGGAGCCUUCCACAAAAAACCAAACCAAGCCGAUGAUGCUCGAGGAUACGUUUUGCUUUCGGUCCUCAAAUCUUCAUCAAGCUUCUCGCGGUAGUCCGGCCAGUCCAGCAGGAGCUGCCGCUCUCCACGACUUCAUUGGAGGAGUCGGAGAACCGGUCCUGAAAGAAAAGUACAAGAAAAAAAGAGGAGUGGCUUUCAUGAGCCUUUUGGGAGCGCCGGCCGAAUGUGAGACCUUGUCCUCGGCAGAACCGCCAUCGGGGAUUUGGCCCCCGGGACCCAAAGGCUCCCCUUUCGGCUCUCAACAACAACAACAACAAAUAAAACAACAACAACUAAAACAACAACCACAACAACUGUCUGGUUAUUAUUCUGGAGCAGCGUACAAACCAGCUUUUCCGCUCCGAGCCGGUGGUUCCGGUGUCUCUGGGAUGGAACUAGCACCACAAGAACCACAACAACAACAACAACUAAAACUACAACCACAACAACCACAACAACAGUCUGGUUAUUAUUCUGGGAUGGAUCCGAUGCCGGUUGGACGUGGAGAAGCAUCCAAACCAGCUCUUCAGAUCCAAUCUGGCCUGAGUUCAGGUUUUGGUUUUAGUUUCGGUGGCUCUGGGAUGGAACUAGCACAACAAGAACCACAACAACUAAAACUACAACCACAACAACCACAACAACAGUCUGGUUAUUAUUCUGGAGCAGCGUACAAACGAUCUUUUCCGCUCCGAGCCGGCGGUUCCGGUGUCUCUGGGAUGGAGGACUGUUCCCUCCCCAGAAUGUCUCGAAAUGCUUCAGUGCACGUGGAGGCGGAGCCUCCAGUGCAUGUGGAGGCGGAGCCUUCCACAAAAAACCAAACCAAGCCGAUGAUGCUCGAGGAUACGUUUUGUUUUCGGCCCUCAAAUGCUCAUCAAAUUUCUCGUGUCAGGAAAGCGGCUCCUGAAGCGCUGCAGGUCAGAUGGACAAACAUCUUCCAGAUGCAACAUUCGGAGGGCUACUGGGAGUUGACCACCGAGCUCGGUGAACUCGUGGACUUCAACGUGGACCUCUUCGCCAACGACUUCCUGAAGAACAAGGGCAUCCGGUCUCUAGGUGUGAGAGCCCACACAGACAUCCUGAGGCUGGUGGCCACCCUUCUGGUCCUGCAGCUGAUGAGGGUCCAGUCUCUGAAGGAGGGCAAACUGCUGCGCACCCUCUUCAGCCUGGAGGACUCGUCUCUUCCCAGGCCCGCGCAGUGGGAGGAGGUGAAGCGGGCGGUGGACUGGGUCUGCUGGGCGGACCGCCAGUACCCGUGCGUCUACAGCCGGCUGGAGUUCGGUCUGAGCUGGGAGACCUCCACCCGCCAGCUGCUGGGCUUCCAGGGCUUCCAGGGCCUCCCGCCCUCCUCGGCCCUCACGAGUCUGAAGCUCCAGAGGGCCGAUCGGCGUGUGCUGGGCUUCUAAACCCACCGAGUGGGAGGAAUUCAAACCGCUCGGGGGGGGGCGAUAUCAUCUUUUAUUUUUACAUUGAUAUAUACACACAUUUAUUUGGUUUACUUACCUGAAGCACUUCGACCUGUCGGUGUGUUUAUUUGCUCUUAAAUCAGAGGAGUCAAGUUGACUUUCUGCCGUUUCUUUAAUGGGUUUGGUGGGUUUUAGAGGGAGAUUUCUUACACUUCUUAGCCGCGUACGCCAAUUCUGGCUUCAACAUACACGUGUGCGUGUGUGUGUGCGUGUGUUACGCACACGCACACACACGUGUAUGUUGAAGCCUUCGCAAAGACAAGACAGUGCAGUCCCGGAUGAUCUCAUCUUAGACUCAAACUGAAGUUGGAUUGAGACCCAUUGGGCUGCACAACAAGAUAAUCACAUUUAUUUGUUGUUAAUCUUGAGAUCACGAUUAUUCAUUGAUGGUUUAAAAAAAAAAUAUUUAGGGACACAAUAUUGUUAUGGCACUGCUUCCUCUUCAUGAAUGUGCUACAUUCCUGCCAACGUGCACACAUGUGCAUCAAAACAAGAGCAUCUUUAUAAAAUGCAAAAAGAAAUUGUACAAAAAA